AUGAGCGCAACGACACCAGCGCCCGCACCAGCAACAACGUCGGCGACCGCAUCGGCCCAGCUCCGGGAGCUCUUCGAGACGUUCAAGGCGGCCGAGCACAAAUACAUCUCGACGCUGCCAGCCGACCACAUCCACGCCCUCACGGGCAACGGCCAACUCUCGAUCCAGGACAUGUACCUGUACGGCGAGAUAGGGUUCCUGCUGCUGGGCCUCAAGCCCGCAGUGCUGAUCCACUUUCCGCAGCUGCCCAACUUUGCAAGCGAGUACGUCCAGGCGAUCCUGCAUCCCCUCGAAGCGAGGCUGGAGGCCGAGGGCCUGCGGCUCUUCAAGAUCGAGCACGACCUCGCCAGCCCCGAGUCCCGGUUCCAGCUCUCCUGGGUCGUCAUCAAUCUGCGCCAUCCGCUCGGGGCCGAGUCGUUGUCGGUCUUUUGCGACCGGUCGUCCGAGUCCGUGAGCGAGAGCCAGCUGGCGCAGUGUCUUGACUAUCCCGGCUCGCUCCCCACCGACCCUGCCAAGGCCCACGAUCACUUUGUCGAGGUCGGGUACUUUGACGUCGAUCCUGGGUCCGGCGCCAAGCGGCUAGUGUCGUCCUUUGGAGCCCUGCGGCCGGAACUCCCCAAGGUCCGGCAGCAUUUCGAGCACUACAAGGCCGGUGCUCGACCCUGGAUGAACCUGACCAUGGAGCUGGCAUAGACGCAUUCCAAAACCCAAGAUCCUUGCCCUCUCCUGUUGACCACCAGACGCCGGCGCCGACCCAAACACAACGAAGGAGAAGCAGCAAGCCAAACACGAAUCCGUCUGCGAUGCAUGAUUUGGACCGACGACGGGCCACUGCAAGCCAGGGAGCAAACAUGGAUGGCCUCCCAUGACCCCACAAGCACAGCUCCCAAACUGUUCUGCAUGAUUUUCUUUAUAUCUUUCCUUGGUUUGAUUUUUUCUUUCCACCAUUUCUUUCCAUCAUAUCUUUCCAUCAUUUCUUUCCAUCAUUUCUUUCCUCCCUCUGCUUCAACUUUCUUUGGAGCAGGAGGUCUGAUUCCCUUUUGAGAGGCGGUAGACGAGGGUAGAGUAGCCCGAUGUGGCUAUUACGCCGAAGCUGCUC